CGAUGCUGUAAACAAAAACCAGCGCACGACGCCAGCUGUUAAGAAAUAAUCUUAGAUAAAAGAUCCUUUUAUCCGGAGUACCGGUUUCAAGUAGACGUAGUUCAAUACACACUUGACCUGAUGGUUUGUGAAAAGUGCGAGAAAAAGCUUGGCAAAAUCAUCACACCGGACCCAUGGAAAGCCGGUGCCCGGAACACAACCGAGGGUGGAGGUAGAAAAAUCAACGAAAAUAAAGCGCUCAGCAGCGCCAAAACUCGGUACAAUCCGAUCGCCGGAAACUUUGCUCCAUGUCGGAUAUGCAAACAAAAAAUACAUCAGGCUGGUUCGCACUACUGCCAGCAGUGUGCCUACAAGAAAGGCAUUUGUGCCAUGUGCGGCAAAAAGCUGCUGGAUGUCAAAAACUAUCGGCAAUCUUCGGCAUGAAAAAGGCCACCCAGCUGUGUCGCGUCCCUACGGCCUCAGGAAUGAGCAUAUUUUUUAUUGUAUAAAACCCCUCUCCGUGUGGCGAUGCUACAACAAU